GGAUCACGUGAACCCAUCUCCGUCUCAUCAGAAGUUGGUUAUAUAACAGACCGUUGGGGAGUUAGGGCAAAACCAAAAAACACCAAAGUCAUCAACAUCAGUAACUAUCAUUAUCCAUUUCUCUUCCUUGUUCUCUCUCUCUCUCUCUCACAAAUCAACAUCUUGAGAACGUCUCUCUCUGGCUCUACUCUUAACAAAAAUCAUUGUGAGAUAUAUAAUUAGUACUUAAUCAUCCAUGGAUAUGAAGAAAACCAAAGCUACUUCCUCAUCUUCUUCACCUUCUUCACUUGAUCAUCUCUUUGGUCCCAAAGGAUCAACCUCUGCUACUUCGGCUUCUUCUUGUUCAACUAUACUCGAUUCCAUUUUCCCUCCUCCUGUAUCAAAGAAGAACGGAAAUCACACUGCUUAUGAAGUGCAAAGCAGCAUUUCUCAAACCACUGAUGAGAGAAGCAUCCAUGAAAAGAGAGAAGCUUCCUAUUACAGUUCCUCCAUUUACUACGGGGGCCAGCAACACUAUUCACCUCCACGAACCGAUGGCUCCUCCACUUCUCCAUCUCAUCACCACAAAGAAACUGAUGAUCGAACCGAUGACACAAACGCUACUUCCAGGGGAAAUUGGUGGAAAGGUUCUUUGUAUUACUAAGAGGAGCAACCUAACUAGUCUCACUUGAUUUCUGCAAUGGCCAUGCCAUAUAUAUCGAUGCAUUCAUAUCCGUCACUUCGCAGUGUGAUCUUUGGGUUUUGUUUAUAUAUAUAUGUUCAUCUUUUGUUUUUGGUUGUAAUCCUACAUAGUUUAAGAUGGCGAUUAUUUGACCGCAUCUACCACUAAUGUAUGGUAAAUAAAAUACUCACGAUCUUAGUAACAAGUUAUAUUUUCAUGACCAACAAUCGUGUUUGAUCAAAUUUUAUUACUGAAACCAAGUAAUACACAUGAUUUUAGACUGGUUUCAAAGUAUGUUUAUUGCUCUCUGUCGGCUACAUCAAGGCAGAGAAUAAGC